AUGGCAAGAUCAUUAAGAUCAAAAAGAAGAUUAAGAAAUGUUCGUAUUCAAGUUGAAAAAUUAACACCAUAUAAUAAAAAGGUAUUAGAUGAAAUUAUUGAAAAAAGAGAAGAACAUUUCAAAUCACAAUCUGUUGAUGCCGAAAAUUUAAAUAUUCCACCAGAGUUACGUGCUUUAAAUAAACUUAAUAAUAAAGAAGAAGAAGAAGAAGAACAAGAAUCAAUGGUUGAAGAAAAUAAAACAACUGUUGAUACUGUUGAAAGUGACAGCGACGAAGAUAUGGAAGAUGGUGAGAAAAAAGUUAAAAAGACUCCAGUUCAUCUCUCUCACAAAGAAAACAAAACAAGAUAUGCUAAAUUAUAUAUUAAAAGACAAAAGUCAAAGAAAAAUGCAAGAAAGAUAAAACCAAUCAUUUAA